UCCGGGGCCCGACACCACGCGCCGUGGCUUCUCGCGGACGACUACAGAGACCUACGGGACCAGCCGUUCAUGAGCUACGAGGAGUUCUCGCGGCACCGGAGGCGCACGUCGCCGGCGCUGAGCCGGGCUCUCGACAGGCUGCGGCACACGCCGGCCACCAAGGCGAUCGAGCUCAGGGGCGAGGUCGAGGCCGCGCUUAAGACCACGCCGGCGGGCUGGUAUGGGCUCAGCGGCUACGAGCAGUGGGUGUGCGGACUCUACGGCAAGGACAUGGUCGCGCGGUUCGGGAGCCUGGUUGUCGUGGACAAGGGGGUCUUGCCUACGGGUUUGCUGGACAUGUUGAGGCAGAGCCGGUUCAAGUGGCGCGGUUGAAGGGAAGAAGGGCAAAGAAAGCCGAGGGUGAAAAGCAAGGAAAAGGGUGUUACUCCGUACGAUGAAUGGAAUGGAGAGGCGCAGAAAUUGGAUAUUGGGAAAAAUUAGCCGCGAUGAGGCCUAUCCUGGUCUCCGUUUCUAGAACAACGGGCAGAAAAGUAUCUCGGGCAAGUCGCGUGAUUCUCGGGGAUUCGGGCGCGGCAAAAGGAAAAUAAAGAAUACGUCGGAGGCCCUAGGAGGGCAGUGAAAGUGUAAUGCUAGCUUAAAUUGGGUUUUCGGUCAAGCUGGACCGGAUAUUGGACUCGUUCAUUACUCGUGGAAAUAGAUGAAAUGCGAGAAACUCAUACUGAAUCGCGAAAUGCUGUGAAUUGGUCAGAAUUGCCACUAAAAGAAUUAGAGCUCCCACCCCGGCCGGGCCCCUUGUCCCUUGCCGGGAAAAG